AUGGAAAAGUACUCAUGGAACAGUCAACCGUCAGCUUCUACGCCAUCUCACCCAGUCGAAUAUUACCAAUGCACCAACAAUGUCCCUAACAGUGAAGAAGAACCGGCUCCUUACACUGCGCGUGAAUCUCGUGCGGUUGUCCUCCGCCAGGACCUAACCAUCCUCCCACUAUCAGCGUUCAUCUACUUCCUCUGCUUCAUCGACCGUUCAAACAUCGGUAAUGCCCGCAUUCUGAAUGCUGAAAAAGGUCACGACAUGCAAACCGAGAUCGGCGCCACGCCAUAUCAGUUUAACAUCGCGCUGAUGGUUUUCCUGAUCGGCUACACCUUCUUCGAGGUCCCAAGUAACAUCUUGCUGAAGAAACUUCGCCCAUCCCGCUGGCUUGCUUUUUUGAUGGUUGCAUGGGGAAUUGCAACUUUGGCUUUGGGGGCGGUUAAAGACUUUGCAGCCGCUUCGGGGGUGAGAUUCUUGCUUGGCGCGUCAGAGGCUGGCCUCUUCCCUGGGCUGGUCUACUACCUGACGUUCUGGUACCGAGCAGAUGAGAGGAGCGCCAGGGCUGCUUUUAUUCUUGCGAGUGCAUCCCUUGGCGGUGCAUUUGGUGGUGCAAUUGCUUAUGGGAUUGGACAUAUGGACCAGGUACGUGGACUCUCGGCGUGGAGGUGGCUCUUCAUCCUCGAAGGCCUGCCGUCCUGCCUGUCAGCCGCAUUAGUAUGGUUCUUUUUGCCAGACUAUCCAGAAGAAUUCUAUAAAGAAGGGACAAGACAGAGGGAAGUGGCAUUGGCCAGACUCAAGAUUGAAGGUAGCAAGCGGCAUCAUAAGACGAUGACUUGGCAAGAUGCGAAGGCUACGCUCUUGGAGUGGAGGCUCUACCUCCAUUAUGCGAUCUACUUUGGCGUCGCUGUCCCCUUUAGCUCACUCGCAUUAUUUUCACCGACGAUCAUCGCUGGUUUGGGUUAUAAAGGACUCGACAGCCAACUGUUCACCGUUCCUCCUUAUGCCGUUUCGUAUGGUAAGUCCCAAUCCCCUCGGUCGAGUCAUGAAAGGCCCACUAAUGCGAAGCAGUAA